AAGUGAAGAAUAGCACACAGUAUGUCACCAGAGAGAUUUGAAGAUAAUCAACCAUUUGAAAAUUGGGCGCAAUGGCGCAUGGAGUUUGUCUCUUCAUAAGUAAGAUAAAUGUACUUUCAUGAUAAGUAUUCUUUCUUCGUUUGUAACAAAGUAAAUGGGUCGCUUGAUUUCUCCCUAGCGUCAUUCAUACCCUUUAAGUCCACGCGACAGGUAUUAUUCAAGACUAGUGGACACGCUAUAAUCCUCAUCCAAUAAGCAAACUCUGCAAUCAGUUAACCCUGAUCACCGUGCUCUAUACAUCGAUAGCAUAUCGCUUCUAUCGUCUGAUAAAGCUUUACAACAAUGCGGCCACAUCCAAUGUCAUAUUUACAUUAAUCAUUAAUACGUAGUUACUGAAAUACAUUGGCCAAAGGAUGCGAGGAAACUUGCAACAAUGGCUGGUAUUCUGCAAGGAUCCAGAGGGAAGCCAACAUACAAACUCAAGUGUGUCGUCGUCGGGGACUUGGGAGUAGGUAAAACUACACUCGUCAAAUCAUAUGCGGACAGCGGCGAAAAUGACGAUCCAAAGAGCGCGUGGCAGAAAGAGAUUAGUAUGGAUUCGUGUGUCGUCUGCCUUACAAUUUGGGACACUGCAGGUCAGGAGAAAUACCGAAGUCUGACAGGGUCGUACUACAGGGGUGCUCACUGCUGCAUCAUUGUGUUUGAUGUUAACUGUUUAGCUUCGUUUCAACACGUACGAGAAUGGUACAACGACAUUGAAGCAAAUUCCACGAACUCAAAAGAGAUUAUCAAAAUAUUGGUCGGAACGAUUAGGACAUCGACUGCGAGGGCCGUUAGCCCAGAAAAGGCCAAUAGUCUUGCCGACCAUCUAGGUCUGUCAUAUAAGGAGGUCAACUUUGAGAAUCAGAAAAACAUUAAGGACCUCUUUGAAACGCUUGCACAUUUAACAGUUCUUGUGUACAGAGAACACCACUUCCAAUCAAACGUUUCGAUAACUUUUCCCCAACAACAGAAGAACACAAUUUGCACGUGUUGAUUUCACUAAAUUGUGCAUGGCCGGGAGGAAUUACCACCUUUUUGUUCUGAACUGUUUCAUUGUGCAGACCGCCGUCCAAAUUAUGACUAGAAUUACCUCAAACAUUUCUUACAUGUUAAUGAAAUACUAGAAAGUAUGAUGAAUAGGAAGCAUGUACAAUGUGAUUGUAAAAUGUUUUAUUUGGAAAUUUAUAUACUUGAAGGUUAGAUGAAAGCUGAAGAGAACAAACAGUGAUCAAUCUCAUAACUCCCAUAAGCAAUACGAAAUAGAGUUGGACAAACACCGAUCCCUGGAUAUACCAGAGGUGGGAUCAGAUGCCUAGGAGGAGUAAGCAUCCCUGUCGACCGAUCACACCCGCCGUAAGCCCUGUAUCUUGAUUGGGUAAACGGAGUUAUCCGUAUUCGAAAUCAGUGUGCCAAGAACGGCCUAACAAUCGGUAUGAAACACGCCAGACAGCAUUUGACCCAAUGAUAGGUUGUAUUGGCAAAUUAAAUUGUUAAAACGACCAUAGAAAAUAAUAGAUAUAAUUUUAGGGAGCAUUAGAUAUAGAAUUCAACGAGUUUUAUGUGUUGGGAAUGAAAAUAAAGAAUAUCUUGGGCAAUGCUAAUAUUUGUGUUAGUGUCGGGAUGUUUUCAGGUUCCAAAAAAAAUCAAUCACAAUUAAAGGUAUACGUAUAUAUGCUCCAAUUUUCAUAUUAGAUUUUAAUAAAGAUAUCAUACCAUGGUAUUCUAUGAAUAAAAUAAAAAGUUAUCAAUGAGACAGUCAAUCAAUCUUUUUAAAUACUUUCUUUCCGAUGCGAUCCGAGUGCUGUCCACGUGACUGACCUAUUACCAUGUGCUAUUUCCCCAGCAAUUCUUGGGUCUGUGUAUAUCUAACUACCCUUUAGUGUUUUACACAUGAUGAAGCAUGGUGGGUUUAGUCUGAUAUGUCCUUUUAAUAUUUACAGUCGAUGAACUCGAUGUUAAACCGGUACGGCGCCAUUGUUUAUUUUUCCGACCACGUGUAAAGAAGGCGCGGGCAAUACACACAUAAGACAAAUACCGUUAGAGAGUUAAAUUAGUCAAUACACACAUAAGACAAAUACCGUUAUAGAGUUAAAUUAGUCAAGAAUGAAUUAAAAAUUUCCACGUAUUCCUUUCAUCUGGGUCAAUCAAAUAGUUUACGUUACACAAGGUAUUAUAUUUUGCCAUUAUAGAUGCAUUAGCAAUGCUAGUUUGGAAACAUUGUUUUAAUCAUCAGUAUGUAAGCACCUACCAUGAAAUGAUUCAGGUGUUUAAUUUUUCAUAAAAGGGACCACAUUGCAGAAAGUGUUGCAUUCGAAAUAUUAUUUUCCACAUGAACAUGCAAUAUAUACAUGUCCAACAUGUGCUGUUUAUGUUUUAAAUAUUUUUCUUUACUUCGUGAACUAAAACCAGCAACAAUAUCUCAUCUUUCAUCAUGUUAAAAUACAACCAUUGAAAUCUACAGCUAAUUAAUGCUUGCACAAGCUAUUUUCUUCGAGGAGUUUGCCGUGUAAACUAUUCAAAAAUAAAUGAAACAUAUAUGAGGCAGACUACUGACAAAUGAGGUUUCAGCAAUCAACAUUUUUAAGGUCGUUGUAAUGAUCUCAUUUACCAAUACAACCUGCCAUUGGAUCAAAUGCUGUCUGGCGUGUUUCAACUAAUUGAGGCUGUUCUUUAUACACUGAUUUUGACUACGGAUUAUUCCGUUUACUCGAUCGAGAUAUAGGCCUCAUGGCUGGUGUGACCAGUCGACAGGGGAUGCUUACUCCUCCUAGGAACCUGAUUCCACCUCUGGUAUAUCCAGGGGUUCGUGUUUGUCUGAUCCCACCUCUGGUAUACCCAGGGGUUCGUGCUUUCACCACUCUUAAUUUUGUGUUUGUUAUAAGAGUUAUGAGCUUGAUCACGGUUUGUUAUCUUCACUUUUUCAUACCAUCUUAAUCUUCUUGUCUCAUCAUGCAGUUUAUAUCUAUAUCUAAGUUGUCAAUCUAUAUCUAUCAAUACAAUUGUAUUGUGUGUUAUUUCAGGAAUGACUUGUUUAUUCUAAUUUCUUUUGUUACGUGGAAUAUUAUCAUCAAUGAUUAUAAUUCGAAAUGUAAAACUGUAUUUCUGAUUGAUCACAAUAUUUAAAUGUAUACUUGUUUAAAGUCGAGAAUACAAACAAGUAGCUUUAAUUUGAUGAAAGGUUAAUAUACGAAAUCAGUGGCCAACAGGUGUUAAGGACGUAGGAUAAAAUUUGUUAUAUAGAAUGUUGCAAACCUAUAUGUUGAUAUAUAUAUAUGUUCGAUACGCAAGAGCAUGUUAUGUGUAUGAUCAGUUUUUAAGUCGAGACCUGAUGACAAACAAGUUGAUGUUACAGAUGUUUUAAUAGUAUCGUUUAGAGUCAGCAUUUCGCAAAUUCUAUGGUCGUGAUAAUGAUCAAAUUUGCCCAUACAACCUAUCAUUUGUUCAAAUGGUGUUUGAUUGUUUUGUAUGUAACUUUAACCAUGAUAAUUAGUAAUAAAAUAGAAGUUUAAGAUUUUA